UGAAAAGCAGUUAAUAUAGGUGAAAGUAAAUUGCAACAAGAGCAUAUGAGGCAUCAGACCACAAGGGGCGUCAACAUGGAGCAGAUAGUGAUGGGUAACCUUGGAGGAGUCAUUCCCAUAAUAUUCAUGCACUUUGAUUGUUUCCAUAUCUGCCACAAGAGGUGAAUGACGCACACCAUCUACGACAACAAUAUCCGAUAACAACUAAAAAUAAACGCAAUGCAAAAUGAAAUGCGUUUACAAAUAUUUGUAUUUGUAUAUCUAAAAUAUUUGUUGAACAUCGAUUGUCUUAAAAUAAUGUUUUGUAAUCUUAAUUUCACCGUUUAUAUUGGGAUAAAAUCACGUUAAGAUAUAUGUUUGCUCGAUAAAAUUUUGGAGUUUUACACUUACAGUUUAGGUGGGUCGGGUGAUGCCGCUAAGAUAGUGAUUCAUAACAAGUCUUUAUCUUGUGACCCAACGAGAUAUAUUAUCAUUUUUACCUGUAAACAAUAGAGUUCAUACUGAUCCGUAUUUUGUGAUACAAAAUCUAAAUCUGCCAGACAUUUUGUGAUUCGGCGACGUCCGGACAUAACCUGACUGCUGUUACAAGAACUACACCUGUUUUCCUGGCUGAUACAACAUUUUGCAUUUAUAUAUUCAGGAGACAAAAACUGUAUACAUUGUGGUUGAAAUAUUGAUAGAAAGAAGCCAAAUUGCUGAUGCAAUUUACUGAAGAUAUCUUUCGAUAAACUUGACUGACUUCUCUGUAGGUCGUGUGGUUGAAAUAUUAAUAGAAAAAUGGCCACUAUGUUGCUGUAGCUUACUGAAUAUAUCUUUCGAAAAAUUUAACUGAGUUAAGAUGUGGGCCUGAAUGUGUACAGCAAUUUAAUUAAGAGAGCGGUAGUAAUGGGUCGCAGUAGUGAGUACGCAAGCCUUCUUGUGAAGGAGAACCAGACCCCUAAUAACAGUACCUGUGCUAGGCUGACCACCUUCUUGGCCACUGUUACUGUGGAGCCAGCAGUAUUCCUUCAUAGUCUGGGAAUAAGCAUAGAGAGCAUUUUCUAUACCAACCUCGUUAUUGAUAAAGUAUGUCUCACUUAUUACAAAUAUGAUGCGGCAGUGUGUGAAAACUUAGAUUCAGGGAAGUAUACUGCUCAGCAAGACAGCGUUCAGCGAAUGGCAGCCAUUUACAAUGUGUAUAAGUAUUGUGUGGAAUAUGUGCCAGCAAUAUUUGUUGUUCUUUUUCUUGGAAUGUGGAGUGACACUCGUGGGCGUCGCCUGCCCAUUCUGCUGCCCUUUUGUGGCUCACUUCUCAAGGCACUUUGCCUUACCGCCAACUCCUACUGGUGGUCAUGGCCGUUGCCACUUCUCAUUGUUUCUUAUUUCCCAUACGGUAUCAUGGGAGGUGUGGCCGGGGUUUUUGCCGGAGCUUACUCUUACGUGAGUGAUAUAUCUGUGAACAAAUCACGCACAACCCGCUUAUCCAUUGUUGGAGCAAUGAUGAUGGUGGCUUUGUCUCUUGGUAAGGUUGCUGGGACUUACAUUUACAAUAUAGGUGGAUACGUUGGAGUUUUUGGUUCCCAAGCGAUUAUAUUCACCAUCUCUAUACUGUACACCGUAUUUAGAUUGGAAGAGCACCCAAGUGAAAGCAGCCCUCAAGCCGCUGAGUCGAGAAAGAGCGCAGAAAAGGAAGGCCUGGUGUCGUUUACCAAUGUCAAGAAGACUCUGAUGGUGGUGUUUAGGCGUCGAGAGGCCGGUGCCAGGGGCUAUAUCAUUGCUUACAUAGUCAUCAUCUGUGCCAACAUCUUUGCAUUUUGGUAUGUAUUAGACUACAACUGUAAUAAAGAUUUUUUUUGUGCAAUAUUUUAUAAGAGUGCAGCUUACACCAUAAACAUUACUUACAAUAUUAAUGUUUCUACCACAGGUGGCGAGAUGACGUUCUUGUACAUGUACAUGAGAAAGAGGUUCGACUGGAACUAUUACACCUACAACAUGUACUCCAUCAUUGCCAUGCCUGUUACCUUUAUUGGAAACUUCAUACUGCUUCCUGUGUUGAGCUACUACGCUGGGGCCAGUGAUGCCGUGCUAGGCUUCGCCGGAGGGGUCUCCGGACUCUUCCAUAAUGUGUUGCUGGCUACUGCCCCUGCCGCCUGGGUCGUCUAUUUGGCGUCUGGAGUGUCAGUAUGCUCCACCAUGACAAUCUUAUCAUCUCGCGGUGCACUCUCCAAGCUGGUGACGAGGGAAGAACUGGGGUCAACAUUUGCGGUGUUGGCUCUGGGAGAGACCCUCGUGCCACUGCUGUCAGCACCGUUGUAUACCCUCAUCUACAACACCACACUUGACAUCUUUCCUGGUGCUGUCUUCAUAGCAGGGUGCUGCUUCGACAUCCUUUACAUGUGUAUAUUUGUUUGGAUCCUGACCCGAGAAGUAAGGCAGAACGACUACAUGGCUAUUGAGUAAUUUGCUCAAAUUCCUCGCUCUCCUUCAGCCAACCUACUUUAAAUUAUAGCCCAGAAUAUAAUGUCUACAACUGUCCAUCCAUGUGUUAUCAGUCCUCGUGAAAACAAGUCUCAGUAAGACCCAAACUAGAAAAUUUCUUUAUACACUUAAGGAACUGUGAAUCUAAUUUUAACACAACAGUGUAUAUAUUUCUUGGGUGAAGCCCAUGAUCCUAUUUUCAGCCACUAAGAAGACUUGCUGGAAAUUAAAAUAAUGUUAGCGGAAAAGGAUCAAUACAUUUGAUUUUUUUCGGAUUAAUCUUAUGAGCUUGAGAAACGAAAUAUUCGGAUUAUUAACUUCGAAGUUACUGACGCAGGAUCCUUCCUCAAGAUAUCAUCCACAAUAACAUGCCAACGCGUGGAUAUAUAUUUUUACUGCCAGGCAGGUGCUAGAAGUCUUGCCCAUAGUCUCAAGAUUUCGGAUAACUUAGUAACACUGAAGUGAUUUGCCACUUCUCAUAGUUUAUAUUUUUUCUUCGUGCCACUGAUUAGCUAGUUUAUUAGGCACCUGUAAAUAAUGUGAUCGGUAGAUUAUAAUAUACCUACAGCUCGUCCAUCCUAUGAGAGGCAACGCAAAAUGAAAGUACUACAGAGGUUAAAAUGGGUGUUGAUCAUGUUUGUGACCUUUAUUAGCUGACUGUUAGUUUCAAAGAUUUAAAUUAAGUCUCAAGGCUACAAGAGUGUCAUUAAUUACCAUCCUGCAGUCUAUACACAUUAAAUCAAACUGUACCUAUUUAUUUAAUAAUAUAAUAU